UGCGCAUGCGUUAUACUGUAGCCGGUUAUGGCGGCGGCGUACGCGUUUCCAUGAGGCGGUCAGCAAGAGCCAUUCGCACGGACUGAGAGAGCGAAGAGAGACCGAGGCCAUGGCCGGCGUGUUCGACAUCGACUUGGACCAGCCAGAGGAAAAUGUCUCUGACGAUGAGCUUGAGGAGGGGGCUCAGAUCAGCGAGUACAUGGAGCAGUGCAGCGGUUUUGAAUUUAACAUGGACGACUGCGAGAAGUUCGAAAUAUCAGAGGACAGCGUCAACAAAGGAACAGAGCAGAUUCGGCCGGAGUGCUUUGAGUUACUGCGGGUCUUAGGAAAAGGGGGCUAUGGAAAGGUUUUCCAAGUUCGAAAAGUGUCUGGAGCCACUUCAGGAAAAAUAUUUGCCAUGAAAGUCCUUAAGAAGGCCAUGAUCGUGCGGAACGCAAAGGACACGGCCCACACCAAGGCCGAGCGCAACAUCCUGGAGGAGGUGAAGCACCCUUUCAUCGUCGAUCUCAUCUACGCCUUCCAGACCGGGGGCAAGCUUUACCUCAUCCUGGAGUACCUCAGUGGUGGAGAGCUUUUUAUGCAACUGGAGAGAGAAGGAAUUUUCAUGGAAGACACAGCCUGCUUUUAUCUAGCCGAGAUCUCCAUGGCCCUGGGACAUCUGCAUCAGAAGGGCAUCAUCUACAGAGACCUGAAGCCAGAAAACAUCAUGCUGAAUAACCACGGUCAUGUAAAGCUGACAGACUUCGGCCUGUGCAAAGAAUCGAUCCACGAUGGCACAGUCACCCAUACUUUCUGUGGCACAAUAGAGUACAUGGCUCCAGAGAUCCUAAUGAGAAGUGGACACAACCGGGCUGUUGACUGGUGGAGUCUGGGAGCGUUAAUGUAUGACAUGCUUACAGGCGCACCACCUUUCACUGGUGAGAACAGGAAGAAGACCAUUGACAAAAUAUUAAAGUGCAAAUUGAACCUCCCACCCUACCUCACACAAGAAGCCAGGGACCUUCUAAAAAAGCUGCUUAAAAGAAACGCCUCAUUGCGACUUGGGGCGGGACCAGGAGAUGCCACAGAAGUGCAGACCCACCCCUUCUUCAGACACAUUAACUGGGACGAUCUCCUUGCACGGAAAGUGGAGCCUCCUUUCAAACCUUUCCUCCAAUCCGCCGACGACGUGAGCCAGUUCGACUCCAAGUUUACAAGCCAGACCCCCGUGGACAGCCCCGACGACUCCACGCUUAGUGAAAGUGCCAAUCAAGUCUUCCUGGGGUUUACGUACGUAGCUCCAUCCGUGUUGGAAAACGUCAAGGAGAAAUUCUCAUUUGAGCCAAAAAUACGAUCACCAAGACGAUUUCUGGGAAGCCCAAGAACACCAGUCAGCCCGGUGAAGUUCGCAGGCGGGGACUGCUGGCCCCGCGGCCCCACGCUGCCCGGAGCCCCGCCUCUCCAGUCCCCCACAGAGCUGGCCAUGGAGGUGUCCACCGUGGAGCAGAUGGACGUCACCACCAGUGCCGAGGCGUCCGCCCCCCUUCCCAUCAGGCAGCCCGCGGGCACCAACACGGGGCCCUUCAAGAAGCAGGCCUACCCCAUGAUUUCCAAAAGGCCUGAACAUCUACGUAUGAAUCUAUGACGAUCAGCUUGACCCUAGGGUUUGUUUUUUGUUUUUUUGUUUUUUUUUUUGGUCCUUUUUUUUCUUUUUAGGACACUAGAGAAAUUAAAACUGACCGCCAGCGCCACUAUCUCCUCCCGCCAGCUCCC